AUGUCCCAUUCCUCUCAAGUAUAUGAAAUCAAUGAAGGCACAACUUUGUUCAAUAAUAAAGGAACAUCCUCUGGAGCUCCAGUUCAGCUGAAUGCCAAAGGAAACCUUGGGCAAAGUCACAACUUCUUGGGAAAUGAGGUGACAGGUCUGUUCAGUAGCAAAGGGAAUGCAGGUGCUGGCUAUGGUCAUUCUGGAGGUGGCAAACAACCUGAGUGCAGUGGUUCUGCUAUGGUAGCAGAUAUGCCAUUAUGUGGUGACAUUACUAAAAUUCUGGCUAAAUGGAUUGUAGACUCAGGGGCUUCAAGUCACAUGGUGAAUGAUUCUAGCUUGUUGACUAAUGCUAAAACUGUUGGUGACAAAGGUGGAAAAGUUCACUUACCUACUGGUAGUGUAGCUCAUGAGCUCUACAGUGGACAGGUGAGGGGUAUUGGUAGAGAGGAAGAUGGACUGUAUGUGUUCAACUCUACUUCAAAGAAGUCAGUAGCACUACAAGCUCAAAGUCCAAGUUCAGUUGCAGAAACCUUGAAUGUUCCAAGGCUAAUACACACUGUAAAUAUAAUAAAGGCUCAUAAUAAGGUAGUGCAUGUAGCUUUGUGGCAUAAGAGAUUUGGUCAUGCACCUCUAGAUACUUUGAAGAAACUGAAUGGCUUUCAUGAUUUUCAAGCUGUUGAAUGUAGUAGUAAAGACUUGUACAUUCCUACAUAUGAUGGAAAGAGGUAUUUCUUGGCCUUGUCGGAUGACUGUUCUAGGUAUACAUGGCUCUUUAUUUUACCUACUAAAGCUGAGGUUGUUGUUGUUCUUAGAUAUUUCUUUGCUAUGAUUAAGAAUGUCCACUCAACCUCUGUUAAGUUUUUUAGAUCUGAUAAUGGGUGUGAGUUCUUCAACUCCCAUAUGUCUGAAUUGUUACAAUCUCUGGGAAUUAUACAUCAGAGCUCAUGCAUCUACACUCUACAGCAAAAUGGAGUUGCCGAAAGAAGACACAGGUACAUUUUGGAGGUUGCUAGAGCACUCAGAUUUCAGGCUUCAGUACCAUUAAGGUUCUGGGGGGAAUGUGUCAAUACUGUUGUAUACAUCAUUAACAGACUCCCUUCAACUAUCCUUCACAAAAAAUCUCCUUUUGAGAUCAUUUUUGGUCAUUCACCUUCUUUGCAGCACAUGAGAGUCUUUGGAUGCUUGGGGUAUGUGGCUACAGUUCGAAGACCUGAUAAGUUUGCUCCCAGAGCAUAUCCUACAGUCUUUCUUGGUUACUCUACUACACAGAAAGGAUAUAGAAUGUUUGGACUUCACACAAAAGAUUUCCAUAUUAGCAGGGAUGUAGUGUUUAAGGAAGAUGUAUUUCUUUUUCAGCACAUAAGUCCUACCAGCUCAACCUUAUUUCCUGUUCUGGAUCUCGCCACUAUUUUAUCAGUUGCUCCUAUAUAUUCUUCUUGGUCUGUACCUGCUCAAUCCAUACCUUCUUUCUUUCCCGUCUCUCCCGCAUCUUCUGAUUCAGCUAGACCUUCUAUUCCUUUUUCACUUGCUAAUGGUCUUACUGAUCAUGUCCUAAUCAAUGAUUCCCCUAUCAUAGCUCCUAGUGUUGAGUCAUAA